AUGGCAACAAACGAAGCUUCUCGGUUGUCACCUGAGGAUAUGGUGAUUUUUUACAAACGUAAGGCGCAAUCAAUUUAUGCACAAGCGCAAUCGAUUGAACGGGCAAUCGAAGGCGAAAAAAUUAAUCCAUUCACCGAAGUAGAUUUAAAGGUACGGUUGGAGUGCCUCGAACAUAUUUCCAGCACGUUUAACUUGGCUCAUGACAGCUUAGAGGAGCUCAAUUUUGACGAAAUCGGCGGAGCACUGCGUUCAAAUUUUGAAGAGCUACUCCUUUUACUUCGGUGUCGUAUACGGCGUGAAAUUCAUAAACGUCAAUUUCAAAUGCCAUCCUGCUCAACCAUGCGGCACGAUCCGGUUUUGGAAGGGCAAAUAGUUGUUUUGCAAAGUCGACCACGUUUGCCUGAGCUCAGACUGCCUACAUUCAGUGGAGGAUAUACGGAAUACACAGAUUUCUUUUCCUUGUUUUCAACCGUUAUAGACAAGGAUCCGGACCUCACGGAUGUCGAGAAAUUGCAGCACCUACGUUCAUAUCUGAAGGGUCCAGCUCUGGAUGCAAUUCGUUCGUUGGAGAUGAGUGGCAACAACUACUCUGUGGCUCUAGAUUUGCUUAACAAAAGAUUUAACAAUAAGCGUCUUAUUUUUCAGGCACACAUCACUGAGAUUAUGGGCAUCAAAAAGGUGGACACUUCUUCAGCGGUGAAGCUUCGUGAAUUAUUCGACAAGGUAAAUGCAAACCUGCGCGCUCUACGCACCAUGGGGAAUUCGGAGCAAAUAGCGGGGUGUAUAAUCGUACACACUCUUCUGCAAAAAGUCGACAGCAUCACGCAGGCAAAUUGGGAGGAAGCUGCGCCGUUAGAUCUCAUACCCUCAUGGGAGCAGUUUACAAAUUUCCUGGAGAAGCGUUGUCAAAGGCUGGAGAAUGUAGAACAUUCCAUGGCAGCGUAUACUCGUGGCUCACAGGUGGGAAAAAAUAGUAGAACUAUUAACCAUGGUAGAAAAUCAUUUAUUGCUACUAACAAUACAAACAAUUCAACCAAUGGCUGUGUUUUUUGCGACAACACAGACCAUGCUGUAUAUUCAUGCACCCGUUUUUUAAAUUUAUCUCCACAACUCCGUCUUAAGGAGGUCAAAAGGAUUGCUUUGUGUUUAAACUGCCUCAGAAAAGGCCAUCAGCUUCGAACGUGCAAUGCUGGUCUAUGUCGUACGUGUGGAUCCAAGCACCACAGUCUGCUACAUAUCGACUCCUCUUCUUCACGAAUGUCGUCACAAGGUCCUGCAUCUUCAGUGCAAGCAUCCUCCCAAUUAGCACCUCCAAACACCUCUAAGCUUGUUUCAACUUCAGUCGCACACCACACCUUGGCUGCAAUCUCACAAACAACGUCAAUUGUCACAUCUGCUCAGAAUCUCAGUCCUGAUGUUGUGCUUCUAGCCACUGCUGUCAUCAAUGUUAAGAACAGCGCAGGUACAUGGGUGCCAUGUCGUGCACUGCUCGACUCAGGGUCGCAGUUGCAUAUUAUAACGUCUCGUCUUGCUCAUCAACUGCAGUUGCGAAAAACCAAGUCAUCCACCUACGUAUCGGGUCUUGGUAAUGCAAACUUCGCCUCUGAUGGUUUGACUAUCAAUAUUACUAUUCAGUCUCAAAACUCGGAGUACUCUACCUGCAUUACAGCGUUGGUUGCUCCUAACAUAACGGACAAUCAACCCUCUUUUACUUUGGAUAUUUCUCAUUGGAAAAUACCGUCGAACAUUUGUUUAGCAGAUCGAGGAUUUUUCAAGUCGCAACGAAUAGACAUGCUUAUUGGAGCCAGCCUCUUCUAUGAUCUCUUAUGCAUUGGACAAAUAAAGUUAGCUCACGGUCUACCGUGCCUACAGAAAACUAGGUUAGGAUGGGUUGUAACAGGUGGUGAAUCGCAGCGGCAAAGGGGAGCGAUAUUGGCCGCACAGUCAUCACUUGACAUAGGUUACGAAUCCAAUGUUCAAAUCGAUCAACUAGUACGUAGAUUUUGGGAGGUUGAAAGUUGCUGUGAAUCUGUCGCCACAUACUCCAAGGAAGAGCUUGACUGCGAGGCGCAUUUUAAGGCCAAUUAUUUGCGUUUGUCUACAGGGAACUAUUCGGUCCGGCUACCAGCAAAAGUUAAUAUUGAUCUCUUGGGCGACUCUUAUCAACAAGCGUUUCGUCGUUUUCUUAAUCUAGAGUGA